AUGGAAGAAAUUCUGGAUUCAGAAAAUCAAAACCAGACAAGCAUCAGAGAAUUUAUCCUCCUUGGUUUUGGGAAUUCCCCUCAGCUGCAGCCUCUCCUUUUCUGCUUUUUCUUGGUGAUUUAUCUGAUGACAAUAACUGGAAACAUCUUCAUCUUUCUUCUAGUUGUGGCUGAUCAGCAACUUCACACACCAAUGUACUUCUUCCUGGCAAAUUUGUCUUUCCUGGACGCUUGCUAUAGCUGUAUCUUGCUACCUAAAAUGUUGGUCAACUUGCUGACUGGUAAAAGAACCAUUACUGUGACUGGAUGCCUAGUCCAAUAUCAUUUUGUGUGCCUUUGUGGAACUACAGAAACAUAUAUUUUGGCUGCAAUGUCUUAUGAUCGCUAUUUGGCAAUUUGUAGACCCUUGCACUAUGCUUCUAUUAUGAAUAGGAAAUUCUGUUUCCAGCUUAUGGCUGGGGCAUGGGUGAGUAGUUUCAUAUUUGAUAUCAUUCUGGUGGGUUUUAUCACUCAGUUAUCCUUCUGUGGGCCUAAUGUAAUAGAUGAUUACUUUUGUGACUUUCGUCCACUGGAGAAAUUGUCCUGCACUGACACAAGUCUCAUUGAACUCAUUGCUUUUUGUGAAGCUAUUAUUUUCAUAAUAGUUCCAUUUCUGUUGACCAUCACCUCUUAUAUUUGCAUCAUUGGCACUAUCGUUAAAAUCAAAUCCACCACUGGAAGGCAAAAAGCCUUUUCAACCUGCUCGUCUCAUCUCCUGGUGGUUUGCCUCUUUUAUAGCAUGUUAAUUAUUGUCUAUGUGUUGCCAGAUACUCCCUCCCUCAGACACCUGAAUAAAAUCUUCUCCAUUUUCUAUACAGUCAUGACAUCUUUGUUCAACCCCCUCAUCUAUACUUUGAGAAACAAAGAAGUUCACAGAGCCCUAAGACGACUCUUUAAUAAAAUGAGAAUUCUUCGCAUGAGUCAUCUGAAAUUUUCAAUUUCUGUUCACUUUGUUAGGUAG